AUGAAUUUUCUUCUUCCUCUCUUACUUUUUGCUGGAACUUCGGAGACACAGGCUGAUAUUUCCAAUGCAGUUCCUGGUAGCAGGUAUGAUGUAACUGUCUCUUCCAUUUCUGCUACGACAUACAGCUCACCUGUUAGUAGAACAGUGACAACAAAUGUAACAAAACCAGGGCCCCCAGUGUUUCUAGCAGGAGAAAGAGUUGGGUCUGCUGGGAUUCUUCUGUCUUGGAAUACACCUCUCUAUCCGAAUGGAAGAAUUCUAUCUUACAUCGUGAAGUAUAAGGAAGUUUGCCCAUGGCUUCAAACUGUUUACACACAAGUCAGAACAAAGCCAGAUAGUCUGGAAGUUCUUCUUACAAAUCUGAAUCCAGGAACAACUUAUGAAAUUAAGGUUGCUGCUGAAAACAGUGCUGGCAUUGGAGUUUUUAGUGACCCAUUUCUCUUCCAAACUGCUGAAAGUGCACCAGGAAAAGUUGUGAAUCUCACAGUUGAAGCUUUUAACUAUUCAGCAGUGAACCUGAUUUGGUAUUUACCUCGGCAACCAAAUGGAAAAAUUACAAGUUUCAAGAUCAGUGUCAAACAUGCCAGGAGUGGGAUAGUAGUAAAAGAUGUCUCUAUUAGAGUAGAGGACCUUUUAACUGGGAAGUUACCGGAAUGUAAUGAGAAUAGUGAGUCAUUUUUAUGGAGUACAACUAGCCCUUCUCCAACUCUGGGUAGGAUCACAUCCCCAGCGAGGACUACGCAUUCUUCAGGCACAGGGACACGAAACCUGAGAAGCUCCGUGUGGGAGGAGCCCAUCAGUUUUGUGGUGACACAUUUGAGACCUUAUACGACAUAUCUCUUUGAAGUUUCUGCGGUGACAACGGAAGCAGGUUAUAUUGAUAGUACUAUUGUCAGAACACCUGAAUCAGUGCCUGAAGGACCCCCACAAAACUCUGUGACUGUUAAUGUGACAGGAAAGUCCUUUUCAAUCUCAUGGGACCCACCAACUAUAGUUACAGGAAAAUUCAGCUACAGAGUUGAAUUAUAUGGGCCUAUAGGUCGAAUUUUGGAUAACAGCACAAAAGACCUUAAGUUUGCAUUCACAAACCUAAUACCAUACACAAUAUAUGAUGUGUAUAUUGCUGCUGAAACCAGCGCAGGAAUUGGACCCAAAACAAAUAUUUCAGUAUUCACUCCCCCAGAAGUUCCAGGUGCAAUAUCUGAUUUACAACUUGCUGACGUAGAAGCCACACAAGUAAGAAUCACUUGGAAGAAACCACAGCAGCCAAAUGGGAUCAUUAACCGAUACCGAGUCAAAGUACUGGUUUCAGAGUCAGGAACAAUCUUGGAAAAUACUUUGCUCACAGGAAUAGAUGAGUAUCUCAAUGAUCCUUUGGCUCCAGAUAAAGGGAACUUACUGGAGUCCAUGGCUGAAUUUCUUGAGGGCUCCGCAGAGCUGUCUUCUGACCUGUACUCUCUUGCUUCAGUAAUUUAUAACACGCAUCCACACUCUCACUUUCCUGCCAGGAGCAGAACUGAAGACCAGCAUGUGGCAACUACCAGGAAUCAGUAUAUUACUGACAUUACUGCUGAACAGCUGUCUUACGUUAUAAGGAGACUUGUACCUUUCACUGAGCACAUGAUUAGUGUCUCUGCAUUCACCAUCAUGGGCGAGGGACCACCAACUGUUAUCUAUGUUAGAACCCAGGAGCAAGUGCCAAGCUCCAUACAGAAUAUUAACUAUCAAAAUAUUAGUUCCUCAUCUGUUUUGUUAUAUUGGGAUCCUCCAGAAUACCCCAAUGGAAAAAUUACUCACUAUACAAUUUAUGCAAUGGAACUGGAUACAGAGAGAACUUUUCAGAUGACUACUCUUGAGAACAGCUUUCUAUUAACAGGGUUGAAUAAAUACACAAGAUAUAAAAUGAGAGUUACUGCCUCUACUCACGUUGGAGAAAGUUCUUUGUCUGAAGAAAAUGACAUAUUUGUGAUAACUCCUGAGGAUGAACCAGAGUCUGCACCCAAAGAUGUCCAAAUUAUUGAUGUUACAGCACAUGAGAUAAGUUUGAAGUGGUCCCCACCUGAGAAACCAAAUGGCAUUAUUGUUGCUUAUGAAGUACUCUAUGAAAACACAGAUGACUUAUUCACAAAGAACACCUCAACCACAGACAUAAUUUUAAGAGACUUGAAAGCUUACACUCUCUAUAACAUUUCUGUGAGGUCAUAUACCCGAGUUGGUCCUGGACAUCAAUUAUCUUCUUUGCUCUCUGUGAGAACUUCAGAGACUGUGCCACAUACUGCACCAGAAAAUAUUACUUACAAAAAUAUUUCUUCUGGAGAGAUUGAGCUUUCUUUCCUCCCCCCAAGUAGUCCCAAUGGAGCCAUAGAAAAAUACACAAUUUAUCUCAAGCGAAGUAAUGGAAAUGAAGAAAGAACUAUAAAUACAACCUCUCUGACCCAGAGCAUUAAAGGACUGAAGAAAUACACCCAUUAUUUGAUUGAGGUAUCUGCAAGUACACGCCUGGGUGAAGGAAUUCGAAGUUCUCCCUUAAGUAUACUGACUGAGGAAGAUGCUCCUGACUCGCCCCCCCAAGACUUCGCUGUGAAACAGUUGUCUGGUGUCACGGUGAAGUUGUCAUGGCAACCGCCCUCUGAGCCCAAUGGAAUUAUCCUCUAUUACACAGUUCAUGUCUGGGAUAAAUCAUUGUCCAAAAUUAUCAAUGUAACUGAAACAUCAUUGGAGCUUUCAGAUUUGGACUAUAAUGUUGAAUAUAGUGCUUAUGUAACAGCAAGCACCAGAUUUGGUGAUGGGAAAACAAGAAGCAGUAUCAUUCAUUUUCAUACACCAGAAGGAGCACCAAGUGAUCCUCCCAGAGAUGUUCAUUAUGCUAAUCUCAGUUCAUCAUCAAUAAUUCUCUUUUGGAGACCUCCUGCAAAACCUAAUGGAAUCAUACAGUGUUAUUCUAUUUAUUACAGAAAUAAUUCAGGAAUUUUUAUGAAGAAUUUUUCACUCCAGGAAGUAACCAAUGACUUUGACAAUAUGACCGUAUCUGCAAUAAUAGAUAAACUGGCAAUAUUCAGCUACUAUACAUUUUGGGUAACAGCAAGUACUUCAGUUGGAAAUGGGAAUAAAAGCAGUGACAUAGUUCAAGUAUACACAGAUCAAGACAUACCUGGAGGGCAUGUUGGCAACCUGACUUAUGAGUCCAUUUCAUCAACUGCAGUAAAUGUGAGCUGGGGUCCACCAUCUAAACCCAAUGGUCUACUCUUCUACUAUGUUUCUCUGAGCUUACAGCAAACUCCAGACCACUUGAGACCACCUCUCGUGACAUAUGGAAGAAGCAUGUAUUUUGACAAUCUGGAAAAGUAUACUGAUUAUAUAUUAGAAAUCACUCCAUCCACAGAAAAAGGAUUUUCUAAUGUAUACACCACCCAGUUGCACAUCAAAACGGAAGAAGAUGUCCCAGAAACUUCACCAAUAAUCAACACCUUUAGAAAUCUCUCCUCUACUUCAGUUCUCUUAUCAUGGGAUCCCCCAGUAAAAGCAAAUGGUGCAAUAAUAAGUUAUGAUUUGACUUUACAAGGCCAAAAUGAAAAUUAUUCUUUAAUUACUACUGAUGACUAUAUAAUAUUGGAAGAUCUUUCACCAUUCACAUUAUAUAGUUUUUCUGCUGCUGCAAGAACUAGAAAGGGCCUUGGUCCUUCCAGUAUUCUUUUCUUUUUCACAGAUGAGUCAGUGCCUUUAGCACCUCCUCAAAAUUUGACUUUAAUCAACUACACAUCAGACUUUGUAUGGCUGAAAUGGAACCCAAGUCCACUUCCAGGCGGUAUUAUUAAAAUAUAUAGUUUUAAGAUUCAUGAACAUGAAAAUGGUACUGUAUUUUAUAAGAAUAUUUCAGGAUUUCAGACUGAAGCCAAGCUUGUUGGCCUGGAGCCAGUGAGCACAUAUUCUAUCAGCAUCUCUGCCUUCACCAAAGUGGGAAAUGGUGAUCAGUUUAGUAAUGUAGUAAAAUUUACAACCCAAGAAUCAGUUCCAGACAUUGUUCAGAAUAUACAAUGUAUAGCAACUAGCUGGCAAUCAAUUCUGGUGACAUGGGACCCACCCAAAAAGGCAAAUGGAAUCAUUAUAUAUUAUCUGAUAACUAUAGAAGGAAAUUCCAUCCAAGUGUCUCCUCUAGAUCAUAUGCACACUUUUAUGAAGCUUCUUGCCAAUACCUCCUAUGUCUUAACAGUAAAAGCCUCAACCUCUGCUGGGGAAGGAGAUGAAAGUUCAUGCAGCAUCAACACACAGCCAGAGUCAGUUCCAAGUGUUCCCAUAAAUGUUACUUUUUCUGAUGUUCAGUCUACUAGUGCAACACUGACCUGGAUGAGACCUGAAACAAUCCAGGGUUAUUUCCAAAAUUAUAAGAUUACCACUCAACUUCGAGCUCAGAAAUGCCAAGAUUGGGAAUCUGAAGACUGUGUUGAAAAUCAGAAAAUCCAGUACCUCUAUGAUGCUUACCUAACAGAAGAGACAGUGUAUGGACUAAAGAAAUUCAGAUGGUACAGAUUCCAAGUGGCUGCCAGCACCAAUGCUGGGUUUGGCAACGCUUCCGAUUGGAUCUCCACACAAACCCUGCCUGGCCCCCCUGAUGGUCCUCCUGAAAAUGUCCAUGUCACAGCCACAUCACCUUUUAGUAUCAACAUCAGCUGGCAUGAACCUGCUAUUAUUACUGGACCAAUGUUUUACCUCAUAGAUGUCAAGUCGGUAGAUAGUGAUGAUUUCAAUAUUACAUUCAUCAAAUCCAAUGAAGAAAAUAAAACCAUUGAAAUAAGAGAUUUAAAAAUAUUCACAAGAUACUCUGUAGUGAUCACUGUCUUCACUGGGAAUAUUAGUGCUGCCUUUGUAGAAGGAAAAUCAUGCACUGAAGUGAUUGUUACUACAUUAGAAUCAGUCCCUAAGGAUCCACCUAACAACAUGACAUUUCAGAAGCUACCUGAUGAAGUUACAAAAUUUCAGUUAACAUUCCUUCCUCCUUCUCAACCCAAUGGAAAUAUACACGUUUAUCAAGCAUUGGUAUGCAGAGAAGAUGAUCCUAAUGCUGUUCAGAUUCAUAACCUCAGUAUUAUCCAGAAAACUGACACAUCUGUCAUUGCAAUGUUGGAAGGACUCAAAGGUGGACACACAUACAAUAUCAGUAUUUAUGCAAUAAAUAGUGCUGGUGCGGGGCCAAAGGUUAAGAUGCGGAUAACAAUGGAUAUUAAAGCUCCAGCAAGACCCAAAACCAAACCUAGCCCUAUUUAUGAUGCCACAGGAAAACUCCUUGUGACUUCGACAACCAUUACGAUCAGAAUGCCCAUAUGCUAUUACAGUGACGACCAUGGACCCAUUAGAAAUGUACAAGUGCUUGUAGCAGAAGUCGGAGCUCAGCAUGAUGGAAAUAUAACAAAGUGGUAUGAUGCUUAUUUUCAUAAACCAAGGCCAUAUUUUACAAACGAAGGUUUUCCAAACCCGCCAUGUUCAGAAGGAAAGACAAAGUUUAGUGGCAAUGACGAAAUCUACAUCAUUGGAGCUGAUAAUGCAUGCAUGAUUCCUGGCAAUGAGAAUACGUUCUGCAAUGGGCCUCUGAAACCCAAAAAGCAAUACUUAUUUAAAUUUAGAGCCACAAACAUCAUGGGACAAUUUACUGACUCUGAGUACUCUGACCCUAUUAAGACUUUAGGUGAAGGGCUCUCAGAAAGAAUGGUAGAGAUUAUUCUCUCAGUCACUCUGUGCAUUCUAUCAAUCAUUCUUCUUGGAACAGCGAUUUUUGCAUUUGCAAGAAUUCGACAGAAGCAGAAAGAAGGUGGUACAUAUUCUCCUCGGGAUGCAGAAAUUAUUGACACUAAAUUCAAGCUGGAUCAACUCAUCACAGUGGCAGAUCUGGAACUGAAGGAUGAGAGAUUAACGCGGUUACUUAGUUAUAGAAAAUCUAUCAAGCCCAUAAGCAAGAAGUCCUUCCUGCAGCAUGUUGAGGAACUUUGCACAAACAACAACCUAAAGUUUCAAGAAGAAUUUUCGGAAUUACCAAAGCUGCUUCAAGAUCUUUCUUCAACAGAUGCUGAUCUGCCAUGGAACAGAGCAAAAAAUCGCUUUCCAAACAUAAAACCAUAUAAUAAUAACAGAGUGAAGCUGAUAGCUGAUGCUGGUAUUCCAGGAUCUGAUUAUAUUAAUGCUAGCUAUGUUUCUGGCUACUUAUGUCCAAAUGAGUUUAUUGCAACACAAGGUCCAUUACCGGGAACAGUUGGGGACUUUUGGAGGAUGGUAUGGGAGACCAGAGCAAAGACAUUAGUGAUGCUGACACAGUGUUUUGAAAAAGGGCGGAUCAGAUGCCAUCAAUAUUGGCCAGAGGACAACAAACCAGUGACGUUCUUCGGAGAUAUAGUGAUCACCAAGCUGAUGGAAGAUGCUCAAAUAGAUUGGACCAUCAGGGAUCUGAAAAUUGAAAGGCAUGGGGACUGCAUGACUGUGCGACAGUGCAACUUUACUGCUUGGCCGGAGCAUGGCGUUCCAGGAAACAGCGCCCCCUUGGUCCACUUCGUGAAGCUGGUCCGAGCUAGCCGAGCCCAUGAUACCAGCCCUAUGAUUGUGCACUGCAGUGCUGGUGUUGGAAGAACUGGAGUUUUUAUUGCCCUAGACCACUUAACACAACAUAUAAAUGACCAUGAUUUUGUUGAUAUAUAUGGACUAGUAGCUGAACUGAGAAGUGAAAGAAUGUGUAUGGUACAGAAUCUGGCCCAGUAUAUUUUUUUACACCAAUGUAUUCUGGAUCUCUUAUCAAGUAAAGGAAAUAAUCAGCCCAUCUGUUUUGUUAACUACUCAGCACUUCAAAAGAUGGACUCUUUGGAUGCCAUGGAAGGUGAUGUUGAGCUCGAAUGGGAAGAAACCACCAUGUAA